GAGUUGCGGGAAUAGAGCGUCGUAUGCUUCAAUUUAUGUACCAACAAGUUGUUGUGCUCGUGGUCUGCAUGCUGUACACAAGUUGUCUAAAAAUGGCUGUAUCGUCACCUAAGAAAGCUAAGGCAGUUUUAGAUCUCGUAUUUGUGACAGGAAACGCAAAGAAACUCGAAGAGGUCAUCGCCAUUCUUGGUGACAAGUUCAAUGUGACUUCAAGGAGUAUAGAUCUUCCUGAAUUUCAGGGUGAACCUGACGACAUAUCUGUAGCAAAAUGCAAAGAAGCUGUCAAACAUGUAAAAGGUCCAGUUAUUGUUGAAGAUACUUGCCUGUGUUUCAAUGCAUUGGGAGGAAUGCCCGGUCCGUAUAUAAAGUGGUUCUUGUCCAAACUUGGCCCGUCAGGGCUUCACCGCUUGCUGACGGACUGGACCGACAAGUCAGCUUAUGCACUCUGCACGUUUGCAUACUCCAGCGGAAACCUCGAGGAUCCAGUGCAGCUGUUUAGAGGGAAAACACCGGGUUUGAUCGUUUCCCCGAGAGGACCAACAAGUUUUGGAUGGGAUCCUUGCUUCCAACCCGACGGAUUCACACAAACAUAUGCCGAGAUGGAAUCUUCGACCAAGAACAGUAUUUCACAUCGAGGCAAAGCAUUACAGGCACUCGCUGAACACUUCAUCAAGACGUAAUGUCAAAUUUCACUUUUUUGUUUUACAAUUUCACAAGUUUUUUUUAUUACAAUUUCAACAUUUACACGGUUCACAAAUUUCUAAAGAGCAUUUACAUUUGUCUAGUUUCAUUACAUUUAUUAAUUCUUGUUGUGAAGCCAAGGACUCUCAGACAAGCAAACUGAAUCGCUGUUCUAGUCAAGAACCACAUUGAGAGAAGACACAAGGCAGGAAGUUUCAGUUUUAGACAUGGGAGGAAAACCCCAGAGAUUUAUUCCAGGAGAGACCUACAUGUAGCAGUUAGGUAGGGACUGCAAACCUAAUCCAUACAGUGUCCCAGGUGGGAUUCGAACUGGGAUCCUAGAAAUGGAAGGCGAGGCAAUAUACCACUACGCGGACCCAACAUACCGCACUGUGUGUAACUUGACAGAAGUAUUACUGCACUGUGUAAAUUCUUCAAGUUUUGACCUUUUUCACGCACUCUUCAGUUUGAUGCAUAAUUAGGGUGCGUUAGAUUAGCUUCCCCGUGUCGACCCCGCGGUGCUCACUCAGGUGAGCCCCUGACAAGAGCUAAUGGAACGAUCACUCACC